GAUUUUUUUUUUUAAACUUUGCAUUCAAGUAUUUUAACGGUUGAUUGGGCCAAAGAUAUCUGGAAAUGACACUCUUGGCUUAGAGAAACUGUCAUAGCCUUUUUAAAAGACUAAACUAGUGGGUGAUCUGUUAAUUUUUCAGAUUUAGAUUAGAGAUCAUUGCCUAUACGCUAACACAGGGGCACAAAUGAGCCCUUGUUUGGGAUUAAAAAGGUAUUUAAUGUCUGUAAGCACAAAACGUAUUUGAAGGGCAAGCAACCAAAAUGUUUUCUCCAAUAGGUUGCAUUUAUUGUGAUUAUCACUUUCCCCAGUAGGGGGCAGCAGGUAUUUGUGUUAAGGUCUGAUUUAAGUAUUGUUUUUAAAGGAGGGAAUAUUGGCUUACAAGCUAUAAUUGUUGUGUUUCAUAAGGAAGUUGUCUCAGAUCAAGUAGUGCCCAGCAGUGAAACCUGCUCCACUGUUUGGAGGAAGUGAACAGUGAUGAAGGUGUUCUCAGUGUUUCUGCUUAUUUGGCUUCCACAAGGCUGUCAAGGUAAACGCUUGCUCCGCUUUUUGACCUUCUGUCAGAGGGACGUGCCAGGAGAUGGACAGUUCGAUAUCGAGUCUGAUGGCGAUCAGCUCCUCUAUGUCGACCCCGUCACCUACCUGGCUGUUCCACAUCUGCCAGAGUUUGAAGAACAGUGGAGCCCUGAUCCUGGCCUGGCCAAAUCUGCCUACAUAUCCCUGGGUACCUGCAAGUACAACAUCCCCCGUGCCACAAAGGGAGAGAAGGCGCCUCCAGAGGUCAUAGCCAGCCCUUUCUCCCAGAUCUACUCAAAGCAGGAGACGGAGCUCGGGGUGCCCAACACUCUCAUCUGCUUCGUCAACGACUUCCACCCGCCUUUUGUCGACAUCACCUGGACCAAGAAUGGACAGCUGGUGGACCGGAGCGAGAUCAGCCAGACUCAAUACUACUCCAACAGCGACUUCAGCUUCCGCACCAUGUCCUACCUGAACUUCACACCGCAGGAGAACGACAUCUACACCUGCAGCGUGCACCACAUCAGCCUGCAGAGCCCUCUCACCAGGUUCUGGGAGGUUGAAGGACCUGCAGACCAGCAGGCUGCAGCAACAGCCGUGUGUGUUUGCGGUGUGAUCCUGGGUCUGAUUGGUGUCGUCACAGGAGUCUGGUUCAUCAGGAAAGCCAACAGGUGCGGCUAGGUGUAGCCGGCAUCGAGACCUGAAUUUUGAUGUCAAAUGUGGGAUUUUUCUUUCUUUUUUUGUUUCCUCUGGGUGUGAAACAGAGUGAGAGUCCUUUGUUUGCCCGUCUUAGGUUUAUUUUUUACUAUGCUUGCCUUUUCUGUAACUCUGCAACAAACUGAACCUAAACUUCAAUCUUGAAUUCACACUCAGGAGACAGUAACCUUAGCUUAGCAUAAAGAUAGGAAACAAAGUGAAAAAAACUGCCUGGUUCUCUCCAAAGCAAGCACGAAAAUCGACCUUCACGCACCUGUGAGGUUCCAUUCAGACCGAGCUGAGUCUUUUGUGACAAAACACAGCCCCUUUAUUUAUUUAGUAGAGGCAGGACUGGCACAGUGGGAUUCAUGAAAGCACAUAUUUUGUAACUCGAACACCGUAUUUCUUUUCUUCACUUCACAAUUUGAGCUGCCAUGGCAAAUCUGUAAAGUUAUAAAUAGUGGUAGAAGAAGUAUUCUGGUGCUAUACUUAAGUAAAAGUACCAAUACGACAAUAUAUUCUGAACAAAUAGCUUGCCAUAAAAAUCCUCAUAAGUAAAAGUAUUGAGCAAAAUGUAGUUAAAGUAAGAGGGUCGGUUCCUCUAAUGAUGUAUUAUUAAAUGUGCCAUCGUUAGAUUAUUAAUAGUGAAGCCUCAGUGUGUCAGCAGCAUGUUACUGUUGUAGCUGCAGCAGGUGGAGCUAGUUUAAACUGCUUUAUAUCCAGUUUCAUAUGCAGGGACAGAAGAUAAAUCUGAGGGCUCCAAGCAUGAUGAAUGUGAGACAAAAGAAGAGAAGUUCUGAUACAGAAAUCUGUUUUCACUUUUUGUCAAGUCUUAGAUUUUUGGUGUGAUAUCAGAUCAGUGAAAUAUUUAUUAAAAUAAAACCAUGUGGGAAGCUUAAAGGGGAAAAAAAAUCUGUUAACAACUUGACUACACACUGAGUUUUGUAGGAAGCCAAAAUGAUCGGAACCCACUGGUUUAACAGUGUGUUGUAUUUUAAAAGCUUGUUAUAUGAGCCAUGUUUGAAAAAAAAUGUCAUAAAGAACUUGGCAGAUAGAAAGUACAAUAUUUGGCUCUGAAACGUAGUGGAAUGGAUUAUAAAGUAGUAAAAAAAAUGGAAAGACUCCAGCGAAAUGCCUCAAAAUUCCACUACUUUCAGCACUGGCUAUAAAAUCCUACAUCUGCUUAUUCCAAACUGUAGUCUGUGUGGCUUUUUGUGUCUGAGAAGCCUACAAUUACAUGGAUUUCUUAUUCAAAAGCACACUCCCACUAACACAGCCCCCCAUUAUGAACCCCUGUGUAAACAGCCAGGUUGUCAUUUUUACAAUUUGCUCUCUGAUCACAGUAAAUUAUGUGUUAAUAAGCUUUAGAGAUGAAUUUUGUCACCACUUGUCAGAGCCACGCUUGCAGUUCUGCUUGCUGUGGCCUCAUACUGACACAUAUCAGUGGUGUCAAGAUGCUCAUCUGCGCUUCAGUUACUAUUGAUAUUUUCACUUUUAUGCAAGGGUGCUAAAAUGAUUAACACAUAUACGGUUAUCAAAUGGACCAAAAGUCCCUCUUGUGUUGACCAUAGCUGGUUAGGAAUCAAGCAGCUCAGCUUCUCUCCAUUGGCGCCCUGUUGGUUUUAGAAUCGAUUUUAAGAUUUUGUUGUCACAUUUAACCCUCCUGUUGUCUUCAUGUACGGGCACCAAAAAAUAUUGUUUUCUUGUCCGAAAAAAAAGCCCAAAAUUCAGCAAAAAAAUCCCCCAAUUUCAGAAAAUUUGCAAAACCUUCAGGAAGAAAAUUCCAAUAAUUCCUUAAAGGUUGCCCUUAAAAGUUUUAUUAAAAAAAAACAAAACAAAUUUGGCAAGAAAAUUCUUGUAAAUAUUUUCAGAAAAUGAGUAAAAAUCUUCCACAAAACCCUAAAAAUAUCUAAAGUGAUUACAUAUAUAUCAGUAAAACUUCUAAUAUUUUCUUUAAGAACAUUUACAAAAAAAUCAACUUCAUGUUUUUUUUUCUAAUGUUCUUAAGAAACACAUUUAACAUUUUGUUCCAUCAAAAGAAUAUUCAAAAAUUUCCUAAAAAUGUUGAAAAUGUGGACAUCAGAAGUUUCACUGUGAAAAUAUAUUUUUUUCCCACAUUUUCAAACUUUAAAACGGGUCGAUUUUGAAACCUCUUGUGCCUGACUCAACACGAGGGUUAAAGCACAACUGGGUCUGACCUCCAGCUACAGAGCAGACAUGUUGACCAUAAUUAUAUGAGCCAGCUCACAGCCUGAAGUCCUCGGGUGGGUCAUCUUCUGCUUCAACCCCUCUGGCUUUUCAACAGUCAAGGCUUAGAUUUAAAGGUGACCAAGUUUUGCCAUCAGGACCCCUCGGCUUUGGAGUGACCUGCCUGAAGAAACCAGGCCUGCAGAAUCAGUGACAUCUUUUUUGUAGUCUUGCUUUUAGGUGAUGUUGUCAUUUUAUUUCUUAUUCAAGUUUUUUUUCCCUUUAUUGUUAUUACGGACAUAUUGCAGUUUGUAUUUGUGUCUUUUAUGUAAUUUCCUUUUGCUUUGUCUGUAAAUGCACUUUGUAAGCCUGUUUUUUUGACAAUAUAUAAUAAUCAUCAUUCUUUACCUAAUUUCCUUCCAUGUUAUGAUAGGAUGUAAUUAUUUUUCUUACCAUAUAAAGCAAAAAGAAGCACCUUUACCAUGUUUUCCCAUUCUGUUGCACUGUAGCAGCUUUACAGCUUAUUGGGUUUGUCAUUUCCACAUGAAACACAUGAAGGGAAGUGGAAAAUGUCUGUUCCUGCAUGCAAAACACCCUCAAAUGAAAGAGGACAAUUGUAUUACACCGUCUCGUGUGUUUAUUAACCCUUCAUCACAGUCGUCUGUGUGAUCACUGGCACCGAGUUGCCAUCAAUUAUCGCACGCUUUUGGCCAGAUUGCUGCUCCUUUAGUGACUGCCUGACACAACUGAUCAGUAAAUAAUGCCUGUCGUGUCUGCUUGCUCGUGUUUCAAUAUCGGCACCGAAUGGCGACGCUCCAAACUGCCUCUGUUCUCUGUUGGAUUUAUUUGGCUCGGGCCUGAAUCUAAUUAUUUCCACAGUGAUGGAUGAGAUAGCUGCCACAUUUUAACAUGGAUGUGUGUGGAGCUUCUGAGGAAUAAAUUUGAUGUCUGAAAAUCAAAAAUGCUGGGGCUUUGAUUUUUGCAGCAGCGGUAUGUGUUCAGUGGUGUAAAAGCCACUGGUACCUGAGACCCUCUAAGUAAGAUUUAGUGAUAAGCUCAAGUGACAGAGCAGACAGAAGGAAUGCUGAAUGGCAAAUGAGUGUUCAAAAUUGGCUCCCAGUAACACAAUAACAGCAAUUACAAUACAUGGGGCGAGUAACUGUGGUGCUUAGAAGUUCAUACUUUAAACAUUUUGAGGUAAGAAAACAAAAACACAUCUGUGGAAAAAACCUGACAGACCCGUUUAUUUCAGUUCCGCUACUGCAUCUUGCCAUGUACUUUACCAGAUGGCAGUUUGGUUUUAGCCUUCGAGAGGUGAACUUUAUGUUGUAGUUUCCAGGAUUUAAAAAAAUAAUGGAACUUUCUUUUCUGUACAAACUCGCAGUCUGUGCUGUUUUACUCUGCAGUGAACCAGCAGGUAGGUUUUUCUUAUGCUCUUGUUUUUACUGUGCACCAAAAGUUUUUUGUAGUGGGAUCCUUGGCAGUGCUUUGAGGUGAGUUUCGGUAAUUGGUUAUCAAAAUUAGAUUAAAUAGAAUAGACUAAAUCGGUAUUGUGUAUACUCUAAAGUUGUGUCAAACAGCAAAUUAAGGGUAUGUUUGCUUUCUGGGAGCUAACGAGAUCAAACGAUCCUUUGGUAUCCAGGAAUGAAAUACUUUACAAUGCAACACAAAAAACGUUUGGUGAAGCUGAUUUUACCAGAAUUAUUGUUUUUCUGAUUGAUUCAAUGUAUUCUGUUUUUGUUGUGUGUUUUUUUGCAUUCAUUAAUUUUGGAAAGUGGAAAGGUCGAAAUUCUCAAUAAAUCCUGUGCGAUGUCUGUAAA